AUGGAAGACGAGAAGAAGAAGAAGAGAAACAAGAAGAAGAAGAACAAGCAGAAUGCUAACAAACGUGCAGACGACGCUAUAGCUACCGGAGUCGCGACCUCGGAGGAUGGGAAUCACACCGGAGACGGUGACAUUUCUCAGAUUAGCCAAGUCCCGGAUGGCAAUGAGUUGCAACCAAUCAAUGUCGUCGAAACGGUAGAUGAAUCUGUUGUUGAGAACAAGUCCUCCCAGACCAGUGAGGUGUUGCUGGAAGAAAAAAUCAAACAGUUGCGUGAUGAAAAUGGAUCUUACCUUCAGAAAGAGGCUGGUUUUGAAGAAACUAUUAAACGCUUGGAAACUGAGAAUGGAGCUCACGUACAGAAAGAGGCACUGUUAGAAGAAAGGAUUGUGCAUUUGAGAACAGAGAAUGAAUCCUACAUACAGAACGAGGCACUGUUUGAAGAAAAGCUCGUCCAUCUGAGAUCUGAGAAUGAAGCUCACAUACAAAAUGAGGCACUAUUAGAAGAAAAGCUCUUGCAAUUGAGAACAGAGAAUGAAUCCCACAUACAAAAUGAGGCACUGUUAGAAGAAAAGCUCUUGCAUUUGAGAACUGAGAAUGAAGCUCACAAACAAAACGAGGCACUAUUCGAAGAAAAGCUCUUGCAUCUGAGAACAGCGAAUGAACCCCACAUACAAAAUGAGGCACUGUUAGAAGAAAAGCUCUUGCAUUUGAGAACUGAGAAUGAAGCUCACAAACAAAAUGAGGAAAAGUUGGAGGAAAGACUUGUGCAAUAUAAAACAAAGAACGAUGUGCUUGUUCAUGAAAUGUCUAUUACGGAAGUCAAAAUGAGAGAAUUGCUUGAUGAAAGAUCUACCUUCACUCAGAACGAGGCAAGUCUAGAAAAUAAAGUUCGGCAACUUCAACAUGAUGAAGAAUCCGCUGUGGCUGUGGAGAAGUUAUCCAGAGAAAUGAUUUCUAGCCUGAACAAUGAAAUUGCAACUCUUCGAGCACAGGUUAUGGAGUUGGAAGCAUCUAGGAGUAAUCUUCUGGAGCAGAACCAGAGUCUUGCGGAAACUGUAUCCAAUCACCAAGUCCAGCAUGAAAACCAUGAGAGCAAGGCAAAGGGUGCUUCUGAGGAAGAACUAAACUCACAGAUCGACGCAGCUUGUACUCUAGUUGAAAAGCUUAUCACUGAAAAUGCUGAACUUGUUGAGAAGGUGAAUGAGUUGUGUAUUCAGCUAAACCAAUCGCAGCGUGCUUUGGCUUCACCCCCUGAGAGCCUAGCAAUUGAAGUACAGAAGUCUGAAUCCUUAGAAGAUAUACCCAUACACGACGAGUUGACUAGAAUUGAUAACUCUAGGGGCAUGGAUGCUACAUUGGUAGAAGGAAACUUGUCAGAAGGCGAAUCAGAAGGAACAAUGCCGGUUUCUGUAUUUCCAAAUGGGGAAAUAGAUGUGGAAUCACAGGUUGUGGUAUCUGGAGAAGACGAAGUAAGAGCUGGUGUGCCUCUCGUGGACGCUCCACUGAUCGGUGCUCCGUUCAGGCUAGUCUCGUUUGUAGCAAGAUACGUGAGUGGUGCAGAUUUGGCAGAAAAGAAAUAG